AUGGCCCAGCGCACCUGCGUCUCGCUCCAAGGCUCGACCGCCUGCCCGGCCUUUACGUCGGCCUCUGUCGAUACGAAUCUGACGGGCAACUUUCCCUUCCUCAAAUACGUAUCCGACACAAGGUCUUUCGAUGACCGUAUACGAGACUAUAUUGGGACUCAAUACGCCCAGCGACAAUAUGAGGACAUCUUAGGCUGCUCGAGCGUUAACCUAACCAACACCACUAACCUCUAUGCCCGCUAUACAACAACCGUCCUGUGCAAUGCCAUAAUCCAGGCUUCCAAGACGUCGUGCCGCCUCAGCGACAGGGCCGCGACACCGCUAUGUGCUGGCGCUUGUGCCGAUUUUGCUAUAAGUGAGCAGGUAAUCGUAUCAAGCCCAGAGCUAUGCGGAAGGCCAGGCAACAAUGCUGUUCCACAGAUCCGCUCAGACUUCGCUCGCUGUUCGAAUCCCGCCGACUCGCUCAGUAACACGUGCAUCGAUGCAGUAAAGAACGAACCCGAAGAGUGUGGAUAUCAAGGUAACCUUCAGGGGCUCUGCGGUUUUUGCGCCGGUAGCACCGCAAACUCGACAGACACCUGCUGUGUCAAUGCCAAGGUCGAACAGCGAUGUGCAGGCGUCAAUCUCCCUACGACCAUCUCAAUGCCUCCCGUCUUCCCUACCAGCACUGCAUCUGGAUCCCCCGGUUCUACGGCUGGCGCAGGAAAUGGUGGAAAGAAGACUGAAACUGGUUUGUCUGGAGGAGCUAUUGCGGGUAUCGUUAUUGGAUCGCUCAUUGGCGCUGCCCUCAUCAUCGCAGGUGUAAUCUUCUGCUGCAUGGCCAUGCGGAAACGCAAGCACACUCAAAUCGACAGCGUCUUCAACACGCCUUCUCCAUCACGGCGGCCCUCUCCAAAAGCAAAUGCUCUGCCGCCAAUGAGCUACGGAGGUGAUGCACACACGCCUGCCACCAUUCUCCCUGGCGCCCGUGUUCAGCGCAUGGCAGCUCUGGAGGGGUCCACCACGUCGGCCGGCAACAGCGAACGGGGUGGUCGCCUGACUACGUACGGUGGUUCUCAAAUCGGUGUCUACGACUCACCGGAAUCGAUACGUGGACAUCUAGCCGGAAAUCUUCCAAAACGAGGAGGUUCACUUUCAAGCCACUCCGCCCUGGGCUCCGCCUCCUCGCCCUUGUCCGGAUCUGACCAGGCACGCAACUUCUCUAGUCCAGAUGGCGUCGCUUCUGGACAGUCCGAGCAGCUUCAGUUUUUCAAGGAUUACUAUUCUCAGGACGACAUCCAUCCGAACGAUACCGUUGCCACCCUGUGGGCAUACCAACCCCGCGCUGGUGAUGAAUUUGAACUUGAAAGAGGAGAUAUGCUCAAGGUUGUUGGUAUCUGGGAUGAUGGUUGGGCGACUGGUGUAAGACUGUCAGAGUCUGCAGAGCAGUGGGAGGCACGUAAAGCCGAGCAGCGCGACUCAGGCGUAAGCAACGGAAGCAAACGUUCGUACGUCGAGUCCGAUAGCGAAAUCAAGGCUUUCCCCUUGGUAUGCGUGUGCCUGCCGCAGCACUGGCGAAAAACUAUUGAGGGAGACAGCACGGCGGACAUUGGAGGGCAAGGGAGUGGAGGUGAUCGAAUGCCUCCUCCAAGCCCCUAUUAAUGCCCUCCGUGACUUGUCUGUUAACGUACCCUAGAUGCUUCUCCGUCUCCCACUCCGAGUCACUCGACUCAUCAACGGCGAGGCGAUAGCAAGAGCAAACGCCGUGUCGUAUCCGCACCACCAUCGUCGGUCACAUGGCCGCUACUUGCGAGGACGCCAGAUGCUCACUCCCCCG